CACUUGGCACAGUGCAGUCAGGCAAGUACCGUUUUGGCAACCGCCAAACCCAGACACAUCCAUCGGAUUGCUAGAAAGAGAAGUGUGAUUUGUUACGCCAGAGAACACAUCUCCACUUCUCGAGUCCAGGGGGUAAAUCCUCUGGAGCUCAAGUGGUUAAAAUGACAGUUUGUUAUAAUGCCACUAACAGUUGACCGUGGAAUAUUUAGUACCCAGGAAAUUUCACGGAUGGACUUAUUGCACAGGUGGCAACCUAUCACAGUACCACACUUGAAUUCAUGGGGCUCCUGAGAGCGACCUAUUCUUUCACAAAUGUUUGUAGAAGCAGUCUGCAUGCCUAG